GGACGUAAAGACAGUGCGUGUAAACGUACUCACUGUUUAAUACUGUUACGUCAAAGGUAUUGUUAUUGCUUGGUAUUCUGUUCACAGCAACUAGAAAAUCAAGUUUCAAACAUGAAUGAAAAUGUAAAAGAGAAAGAUUUAUAUCGUGAUACAUCGGUGAGAUAUCUGGGUUAUACGAACGAAGUCGGAGAAGCAUUCAGAUGUAUCGUACCUAAACCAGUUGUAUGGUUGAGUUACAUUGUUGCUUCUGGGUAUGUACUUGCAGAUACGAUUGAUAAAGGUCUUAAGGCUUAUCGGCAUGAUUCGGAGGAGGGCAGGAAUAAACGAGUAUUUUUGUCAAUGUCGGAUACACUUUUGUGGCAGAGUUUCGCAUCCGUUAUUAUUCCAGGGAUAACUAUUAACAGACUAUGCGCUAGCGUACGAUAUGCUUUGCACAGAAGUAAAAGCAGCGUCUUGAGAAGUCCAUGGAUUUCCACAGCUGCUGGUCUUAUUUCAAUACCUGUUAUUAUUCACCCAAUUGACUUAGGCGUAGAAGAAGUCAUGAAUCUUACUUUCAGACAAUGGACAGGGUAUCAUCCACAUAAGCUACUUAAAUAGUGAAAAUGUUCAAACAUUUCGUUCGUUAUAGUAAAAAUUAUACGGUACGUGAAAGCUUUGAUAACCAAAGAAAUUGCCUGGCAUAUAUUUGCACGGUUACGUUGUUGUUUUAUGAAUUUUAUAUAAUGUUGGUAAUACUAUUAUAGUAUUCAAUAAACAUUAUUGAAAAUGUUCAAAUAUUCGGUAACUUUAAAUCCUGUAUCGCUCUAUAUAAGAUUAUGUUUACGUGCCGCAACUUCCGCUAUAUAGAACAUCCAAAGGAAAGUAUAUAAUAAAUCGAUUU